UGAAAGUAUAUUUUUGACGAGUCUUCUCGGGUUUCUUGUUGAAAGGCUCUCGUUUUAAAGAUCAUUUAUACUAGUUAUGAUAACUUUGUCUGUUUUAAAACAUGAUAAAACUAGUUUCCUGCAUUUUUAUGUCAGUACUUCUGGUGGUUGCUGAUGGCUUCACUGUUCAUGGUCCCUCAGCUCCUCUGUCUGCUCCUCUGGGAUCUUCAGUGGUUUUGCCCUGUUAUAUUGAUGAAGUCUCACUAAUGGAGGAUCUGGAGGUGGAAUGGAGAAGAGCAGACUCAGAGACUCUGAUUCAUCUGUAUCAAGAUGGUGAGAGUCGAGCAGAGGUCCAGCAGCAGGAUUAUCAUGAUAGAGCUCAUUUCUUUACUGAGGAGAUUCAACAUGGAAACUUCUCCCUCCGUCUGGACAAUCUGACAGCUCAAGAUGAAGGAGAAUACAGGUGUAAGGUUUUUAUUCAGCAGGAUUCUGGAGAAGCUGUGGCUCAGAUAAAAGUUGGAAAUGAGCGUUUGUUUGUAUCAGGUUCAAAUCGUCCUGCAUCUGCAUAUGUUGGUGAGGACGUGACUCUGAACUGCUCUGUAGACUCUCACAUCACUCCUGAACACAUUGAAGAGGUUUCAUGGAUGAAAAUAGAUGAUGAUGGAGAUAUUCUGGUUCUGCUUUAUCAGUACAAUGAGACUUUACCAGAUUCAUCAAAUGAACAGUUCAGAGGCAGAGUUGAGUUCUUCACUGCUGAAAUCCCCAAAGGAAACUUCUCUCUCAGACUGAAGAGUGUCAGAACUGAGGAUAAAGGAGUUUACAUGUGUCAAGUGUUUGCUGGAGAUUUAUCAGCCAAUGCUACUGUAGAGCUGGGGGGACUAGGUUUCUCUUCUUUGCACAUCGCUGUGCUGUUUUUCUGUGUUGCUGCUGGAUCUGGAGCUGUUCUUCUGCUCUGCUCUCUGAUCUACUGCAGAUAUAAAAACACAGUCUCCAGCAGCACAAUCUGGAUUCUUCAGCUUUCUCUGGUCCUUUUCCCAAACAUCUGUAUGUUCUUAGCCUUCAUCCUUUGGGGCUUUACUGAAGGAUCUUUGGAUGAGACCAUCACCUGCUCUGCUCUUUAUAUUCUGAGGCCUUUUAUGCUGAUCUGGGCUUUGUCCUAUUUGAAGUAUCUUCAAGAGAGCCUUAAACCAUGGACCAGCUUUUUCACACCAACAACGGAAUUAGCGGUUCUCACACUGGUUGUUUAUUCAGUUCUUUUCUCUUAUGGCUGGAGAAAGAGAGCACAUGAUACAGACAGCACACCUCGUGUAGUUUCUGGAGUAUGCUUUGGAGUUGUUGUACUGAUGUGCCUCAUAUUGAGUACAGGGGACGUUUUAAGGCUUUUCAAAAAACUAAGAGAGAGAAUCCUAACUCCAGGUUUUGAGAACAUUUGUUGUUUCGCUAUCAUCGUCUUCUUGGUCCUCUUUGAAUUCUUCCAGUUGUUCUCCUCAUUUGGAUUUGCCUCUCUAGGUGACACUGUUUACUCAUCUCUUGCAAAUGUACACUGAUAUGAAACAAGUGGAUUGUAAAAAUGUGAAAACUGGGUUCACUGUUCACUACUAGUAGUAGUAGACUAACAUGCAAACAUCAAUGUGCAUAAAUUAAGUUAAAUGCUCAAAACACACACACACACACGCACACACUGAAGACUCCCACUUGGUUACACUUUAACUUGAUAAUCCACUUGUAAUAGAUAGUAAUAAUUAGUGUUUUUGCAACUGUAUGCCAACAAUCUCUCACUGGAGUAUUAGUAGAGGUAAAUUUAAUGUCUGGUAAAUUUAAAAUUUAAAUGCGACGAAUAAGCAGACCUACACAGCUCUUACAGCCAAAAUGUCUGUUGGGGUUCAUUAUAGUAAAGUGUCAGCAGAUUAUAAUAAUAAUACAGUCUCCAUUAUUCCAAUGACUGAUAGUGUAUGUAGUUGCAAAGUUACUUACAGGAAGCAGAAUGUACAGUAUAAUGAAGUGCUACCUCUAAUUGUAGUGUUUUAAUGAGUCACAAGCAAUAAUUUUAUCUGGUUUGAUGACAUUAUUUCUUUGUUUAGUUUGAUUGGGUCACGUGCGUAGAGUUGCUGAAGUUUGCCCUGCGCGCUUGCAGCUUUUUAAGGAACUUCUUUGGUUUGG